CUCCAGGGAGGCCAAAUCUCUCCGAAUGCGAGCGCAUGUCAAUCACCGGGCCCCUCAUGUGAUGGCUCUUGCCGGUGACGUGCAGCCAUAUGGGCGCUGGCAUCGCAGCCUUAUAGCUGGACGCACGCUUUCUUUCAGGGAGGGGGGGGAGAGACGCCAGUGAAGGAAGAGCCAGAGCUGAGGUUGCACCUGCACACCGACACGGAGCGACGCUUCGUUCCUCCCUGAAGAUGGUCUAAAACGGUGUUUUUUUCCUAUCCUGUUUUGGUACUCCCCCACCCCCUUCCUUCCUCCUCCCUUCUCGUCAUCCAUCCCACGAGAAGCACUCGAGCCCAGAGCCAAAAUGCUGACGAGGCUUUUCAGCGACCCCUCGCUGCUCCCCGAUGUGCAGAAAUACUCGGGCUGGGCCGAGGACAGCGACGGCGACGACGGCAAGCUGAAAGACGACGACGUGGACCCGGACGCCCAUGAGGACGACAUGGAUGAGCUGAGAGGAGGCAGCCGGACCCACUCGGAGCAUGCUGGUGAGGACGACGAGGACGACGAGGCGGAGGAGGACGACGAUGGCGAGGACACAGAGGGGGAGCGCCCCAAGAAGCGGGGCCCCAAGAAGCGCAAGAUGACGCAGGCCCGCAUCGAGCGCUCCAAGAUGCGUCGCAUCAAGGCCAACGCCCGCGAGCGGACCCGCAUGCACGACCUGAACUCUGCACUGGACAACCUGCGUAAAGUGGUGCCAUGCUACUCCAAGACGCAGAAAUUGUCCAAAAUCGAGACGCUGCGCCUGGCCAAAAACUACAUCUGGGCCCUGUCGGAGAUAUUGCGCUCGGGGAAGCGUCCGGACCUGGUGUCCUAUGUACAGACCCUGUGCAAGGGUCUCUCCCAGCCCACCACCAACCUGGUGGCCGGCUGCCUGCAGCUCAACUCCCGCAACUUCCUCACCGAGCAGCCGUGCCCCGACGGCGCCCGCUACGGCUCGGGUUCCUUCUCCAUGCACUCGUACCCCUACCAGUGCGCCCGCCUGUCCAGCCCCCACUGCCGCCAGGGCUCGAACUCGCAUCCGCUGGGCUCACACGGCUACUGCCCGGCCUACGACUCUGUGUACGGUGGGAGCGGUUCCCCGGAGUACAACAGCCCCGAGUACGAGGGGCCCCUCAGCCCGCCGCCCCUGUGUAUCAACGGCAACUUUUCCCUAAAGCACCAGGGCUCGGCAUCCCCCGACAACGACAAGGCGUACCACUACUCUAUGCAUUACUCCGGCCUGCCCGGCUCCAGGCCCGGCGCGGCCCACAACCUGGUGUUUGGUUCCUCCGGCGCCCGGAGUGGCAUUCACUCGGAAAACGUCCUGCCUUACCACGACAUGCACUUACAUCAUGAGCGGGCCCCUGGCUAUGAAGAACUCAACGCCUUUUUCCACAAUUAGAAGGAGAAGCCGCGCGGCGCCUUGCUAUCCACAAUCUGACCACUUGAUUUCUUUCUUUUUAUCGGAUAAAGAUGUGAGUGCUUUUCCUUGACUUCAUCCAGGAUUCCCUUCUUGUUGUUUGCAAUCGUCAGGGAAAUAAGAGCGGGAGACGACGCACACAAAAUACAAUGUAACUAAUUGACACCACAGAGAGAUUUUUAAGUAUUCAUGUUUUUUUUUUAUGAUUAUUUUAAAGAUGUACUUUGUAUUUGUGUUGGUGCCUGUUUGCAGUUUUGCCACUAUCUACACUGGAGAAUUGGACUUAGAACAUUGUAAAAAAAAAAACUAAGAAAAAAAGAGAGAAAUGAAUCUUCCUCCUGUGUACAUUACAUUGUGUUUUUUUGUAUUGCUUUUAAAAUAAAUUUAAGAAGGGAAAAAACAGAAAUAAAUGAGGCUACUUGAGCUGUUCUUUUUUUUGUUGUUGUUGUUUGGCAUCUAUGCAAAAGCAGAUGUGACCACACACACUUUUAAAAAAUAUACUUUUCUCUCUUUGUUUUGUUAUUUAUUAUCAAUACUCCUUUAAGUGAACCAUUGCAUUGUAUUAUUUAUUUUGUUAUUUUACAUUUUAAUUUAUUAUUAUUGCUGCACGUCUAUUUAUUAUUAUUAUUAUGUGGGUUUUUCUGUAAUUAAUGUGAAUAGUCAAUGGACAUGAAGGGAUCCCAUGUGUUUAUUUAUUGAUUUUCCAUCCGGUCUUUCAACUUUGUAUUCAAUCAACUGUGUGGUUAAAAAAUGUAAUAAAAUGACAAUAAGCGAU